UUGUAAUCUCCGAGAGGCCCCACAACAGCAAUCAUUCUCGUUCCAAAUAAGAAGGAAGCUUCGCCACUGAGAGAGAUGAACAGAUCUUGUGGGAGUCUGGAGAUAGCCAGAGAGUAGCAGAAUAUAAGCCCUGGAGUUUGUUAGAGCUUAUUAAUUCAUCUUAGCCUAUGCCCUCUUCCAGAAAUCACCUUCUCUUCAAUGUCUCUCUCUGGUGUCCAUUCUAUCAUCCGGAAGUGAUUUGAAGAUUCUUGUGUGCACUGCUUUUGCCAUUGAUUUUUAAUUUAGGAACCAUGUCUGCGUAUGCCCAUGAAAUGGAGCGGGAGAUCUCAGCCCGGAGUCUCUCCAGUAGAAAUUCUGAGAUGGGAAGCCGGUAUGUGAUGGAAUCAGGGUUCUACAUGACGUCUUUUGCUGCAACGAUCUUCAUUGCUUCACUUGUAACUGUAGGGGUUUUAUUAAUCACUUUGCUGAUUGCAUUAACAGUAAUGUUGCAAUCUUGUCAGAGUAAGAGUUCAGGGGUUGUUGAGAUUCAGAAACCAGUCGAUGAUUACAAUGGUUGCAAGUUUUUUGCUCUGUAUGCAGAGCUCAACAUCUUGGAAGCAGAUGAAAUCCCUUCAACUUGCCAGGCUUUUGCUAUUUGGUAUAUUAAAGCUGGUCAAUAUGCCAAAGAUUUAAAUGCUACCAUGCAGGUGGUUGAGAAUUACUUCAGUAGCAUUACACCGCCAAAUGAUGGUCUUGAUGUCGUAUUGAUGGACAUAGAUGACAUUCUUUCCUCAGAUCCUCACCAUACUAAUCUAUUAAUGCACAGAUUUGAUCAGUUCGGUUGUCGUGAUUGUGUCGAAGAGGCUAAGCAUCUGAAGCACCUCCUUAUAUUUAGAUUAUACAUGAAACUUCAAGCUGGCGGGUGGCCUUUGGUUUUGUUAUCAAGAAGGUCUUUGAUACAAAAGAAUGCCACUGUAGGGUAUCUUAUUUCUGCAGGAUACAGUGGUUGGACCUCAUUGAUUAUGAGAUCAGACGAUGAACUGCAAAUGGAUACCUGUCAGUACUUCUCUACGCGAAGGGCUCUAAUGCAAAGAGAUGGCUUCCGAAUAACAGGUGUGAUAAGCAGCCGCAUGGAUGCUUUAACUGGCCCAUAUUUAGGAAAGCGUAUUUUUAAGCUUCCAAAUGCUCUAUAUUACAAUUUUGAGAGCACAUCUAUUUCAGAAUAGAUGAGUUCAUGGCUAAAAAUUCUUUGGGAGUUUCCGAUUGUAAACUCGAUUCAGAGAUCUCCAAUUUAGUUGAUAAUUGUUAUUAUCAGAUAUUUGUAUAUAUUUGUUCAAUCUUUUCAUAUAUUAUAAAUGAAGUGACUUAAA